AUGGCCGACCCAACUGCAUUCUACGAGCCAACAGAGGACGAGCUCCUUUCCUCCCUCGCCGUCCCAGUCCAAUCAUACAACCCUGAAUCAGACGCAGAUGAAUAUAGGAGAUUGCAGGAGCUGGAACAACAUGCCUACGCGCAACAGCAAUUGAUGGUGGCCGAACAGGAGCAGGAGCAGUUGCAGGCUUUGGAACAGGUCCCAGAGGAUGUCAAGAGGUUCCUCGUCCUCUUCCACCAAGCCAUCCUCGAGAAUGACUUACCAACCAUCACCAACAUGUACGAAAGUGGAUGGAACAAGUUGACCCAAGCCCAUUACUCUCAAAAUGAAUGGCCGGAAGCUGAACUCAUCUCUCCCUUGGUCGGAAAUGAUCAAGUUUUCCUGACCCUUUACCGAGAGCUCUACUUCAGACAUGUCUAUGCUAAACUUCAACCUACUAUCGACGAUCGAUUCCAAUCAUACGAAAACAUCUGUGAACUCUUCAACUACCUUCUGAACUCUGACGGUCCUGUACCUCUUGACCUACCAAUCCAAUGGUUAUGGGACAUGCUCGACGAGUUCGUCUACCAGUUCUCCAACUUCUCUACCUGGCGUGCCAACCCCAAAAACAAGAAUGAAGAGGAAUUAGAAGCUUUGGCCGAAGCUCAAAACAUCUGGUCAUCUUACUCUGUCCUCAACGUUUUGUAUUCCUUGGUUCAAAAAUCACAAAUCAACGAACAGCUCAGGGCGGAGAAACAAGGUAAAACGCCAGAAGAAGUUCAAGAAUUAGCUGGAGAGUAUGGAAGUAAACCUCUGUACAGGAAUUUAGGUUAUUUCUCUUUGAUUUGUUUGUUGAGAGUGCAUGUUCUUUUGGGUGAUCCUACUUUGGCCCUCCAAACAAUGGAAAAUGUCGAUCUUUCAGGUGGUGCAUUCUUAACCCGAAUCACAGCUUGUCACGUUACCACCUACUAUCAUGUUGGAUGUGCCUAUAUGGCUUUGGGAAGAUGGCCAGAUGCUAUCAAGACUUUCAUCUCCGUUUUGAUCUUCUUCAUCAGAAUGAAGCAGUACCACACCAGGUCAUACCAGUAUGGAUCGAUAACCAAACAAUGUGAGAGGAUGUACGCCCUUCUCGCCAUUUGCACUACCCUUUCGCCUGGACCUUCCGACGAGAGCAUCAUGAGUAUCGUCAAGGAGCAUUACGCAGAUCAAUUAUCAGUUUUACAACGAGGAGGUGACGAAGCUUUCGAAACAUUCAAAGAUCUCUUCCUAUCCGCCUCCCCCAAAUACCUCAACGUCAACCCACCACCAUACGAAGAUCCCUCAGCACUCGAAUCAUACCUUGCCAACCCUCCCAUAGACGCCACACAACGACAUCUCGAAUUGUUCCUUUCUGACGUAGUUGCCGUUCGAGGUGUAUCCAACAUAAGAAACCUGUUGAAAUUGUACACUUCGAUUGACGCUUCGAAAUUGGUUACCUUCUCUGAAGGGGAGACUGAACAGGAAGAGAUCCUUCAACAGUUGAUGGUGUUGAAAGCGGCCAGUAGGACUUAUGCGAAAGGUCAACAACAAGAUACUUUAUUGGAUGGUGAGAGAAUCGUUACGAAUAACUUGGAUUUCACAAUUGAUGGGUCAAUGGUUCACGUCGAAGAAACUACCUCUCACAGACGAUAUGCAGGAUUCUUCAUUCGAAAUGCCGAACAUGCUCAGAGAGUAUUCAACACCAUCAAAUCAUCACCUUUACCUAUCCAACGUAAACCCACUACGAGCGUUACACAAACAACGACAGAAAAUAAGAACGAACCUAAGAAAGCGGGUGCUUGGCAACCCAAGAGAGCGAGGGUGGCUGCUCAGUAA